GCUGGGUGGUCGAAGACAAAAAGUCCACCACGGUUAAGGCCUCCGGGCUGGGUGGUCGAACACAAAAAAUCCACCAUGACUAAGGCCUCCGGGCUGGAUGGUCGUAUGUGUCGGCCACUCCUCCGAGGGUGGGCAUGCGUUCGAAGAAAAACCCAUCGAGCGAAGAUGGUCGUAUGUGUUGACCACCCCUCCGAGGGUGGGCAUGCAUUCAAAGAAAAACCCAUCGAGCGAAGAUGGUCGUAUAUGUCGACCACCCCUCCGAGGGUGGGCAUGCGUAACCGGAAAGGUUUAUUAUUAUUCGAAAAAGCAGAAUGUGUAAGUUCAAAUUUUCAAAUUCAGGACUCUUGGAAAUCGACCAUAUGGUUUUCGACUUCAGUCUCGGUUUUUGACUUUAACGUGGAUCACUCGACUUCGACAUCAGUGGUCAUUCAAUUUGUGGCCUCCAACCUCAGGGUCAUUCGAUGUUUGACCUCAGCAGCAGAUCAGUCAAUUUUCGACCUCAAUAGUCUCCCGAUUACUCGGUUUUUAGCUUGCGACCUCAACGGUCUCUCGAUUCUCGAUUCGGGGCUUUCGACCUCAGCGGUCUCUCGAUUACUGGUUUUUGGCUUUCGACCUCAACGGUCUCUGGAUUCUCGAUUCAGGGCUUUCGACCUCAGCGGUCUCCCGAUUACUCGGUUUUCGAACUCAACGGUCUCUCGAUUCUCGAUUCGGGACUUUCGACCUCAGUGGUCUCUCGAUUACUCAGUUCUUGGUUAUCGACCUCAACGGUCCCUCGAUUCUCGAUUCGGGCCUUUCGACCUUAGAGGUCUCUCGAUUACUCAGUUUUCGGCUUUCGACCUCAAUGGUCUCUCGAUUCUUGAUUCGGGGCUUUCGACCUCAGCAGUCUCUCGAUUACUCGGUUCUCGGCUUUCGACCUCAACGGUCUCUCGACACUCGGUUCUCAGCUUUCGACCUCAACAGUCUCUCGACUCUCAGUUCUCGGUUUUCGACCUCAACGGUCUUUCGACUCUCAGUUCUCGGCUUUCGAUCUCAACGGUCUCUCGAUUCUCGAUUCGGGGCUUUCGACCUCAGCGGUCUCUCGAUUCUCAACUUUUGACUUCAACGGUGACUACUCAGUUUUCAGUUUUUGACCUCAGCGGUCUCUUGAAUGUCGGCUUUCAACCUCAUCGACGAUUACUCGAUUUUCAGUUUCCGACCUCAGUGGUCUCUCAAUUCUCGAUUUUCGGCCUCAGUGGUCUAUUG